AUGUUAUUUUCGUACAGGACAAACGGCGCGUUGGCCGGCAGCCAAGCGACCGCACCCCGAGCCACCACAGCCGCUACCGCCGGGCCCAGAGGUCAAGCUACCGUGGUGCUCAAGUUACGCCAAAGCAACGCGAAGCGGCGCGCAGAGGAAGAGGCAGACGCCGCGCUAGCGGUACCGGCUUCGCAGCGACUACGAUCCACCGCUGCAGCCCCCACCGCCAUCUUCACAAAGCGCAUCGCGAUCGUCUCCCCACCCGGCACGCAAAGCCCAGCGGCCCCAGAGCAACUCGGAUGCCAUCUCGCGCGCCGCUGCCGGGGGCCCGGCGGCAACGGCCAUCGCGGCGGCAGCGGCGGCGGCGGUAAUAUAGGUCCCAGCAGCUUGGCUCGGGUGUACGGCAGUAGACUACGGAUCAGCCAGCUGCCUGAGGACUACGAGGAGUGCUUCGUCGGUUUGGAACCUGUACGGCAACCGGAUCCGGACGAGCUUCUCGUGGCCCAUGUUGGCAGCGCACAGCGCAAGGCGGCGGCAGCUGCUAUUGCUGGCGCUGGCGGUGCACCUCACGCAGACAGCGGCGGCGGCGGCGGCCUGGGGGGAGCACUGCUGGGAACUGUUGGUGUUGGUCAGGAAAUGUCCUUCAUGUUCCCGGGCGUCACACCUGGCGGCGCCUUGGCAACCCUCGUCCCAGGCGCGCCGACUGCUACAGCAGCGGCAGCUCCGGCCGCCACCGUGGCGGGAGGCCUCCUAGCGCCGUUAGGGCAUAUCUCUGCAGGCUUGCCAAUGGCGACGGCUAUCCUGCCGUACACCAGCGCGCCGUACGACGCCGUCGCUGGUACAACGAUGGGGGGCCCGGCGGCGGCGGCGGCGGCGGUGGUAGCGGGUCCGGACCUUAUGCUGGACGCCGACGACAGCACCGAAAGUGAAGAGGAAGAGGGGGACGUCAGCGCUGGCGGCGGCGGACAGAGCAUGGACACGGAUGCUGCGCUGGGGGCCGCCUUUGAUGACUUUGAAGGGAUGGGGCCAAUGACGCAGCCGCCGCGGCCGCAACCACACCCCGGGGGUGACGGUUACGGUACAGGGUUCGGCGGCGGGGCGGUUGGAGCAGGCGGCGGCAUGUUUGGGUACGGCACAGGCGGCGGCGGGUCUCUGGGGUUCGGCGGCAUGGCGUCUGGGUUGCCAGGCAGCGGCAUGGGUAUGGGGAUGAGCAUCAGCGCCGGCGGUGGCGGUGGUGGUGGCUUUGGGACCGGGACGGGGACGACAUCGACGGUGGAUGACGAUGGCUUUGUGGCUGCCGAGCGGUGGAAGAUGAAUUUGGCAUAUGUUUGGAGAAUGCCUGCUUAUGAUGGCUUGAGGGCUAAGUAUGGGAGUGAACUGAUGGGUUUCAAGGGGCGCAGCAUGCGCACCAUCAUAUGA